GAGCGACUGAGCGUAGUGAGUUGCGCUGAGUUUCCAGUCCAGCGAAGUGAGUGUAGUGUGAAGUUUGUGUAGCUUAUUUUUGUGGAAAAUCAUUGUUUUUUCGAUUAAAUAGCCACGAAAAUUACUUGUAGGCGGCGAUCGUAUCAUCUACUUGUACUGUGCGGUGAAAUUUUGCAUAAAAUCGACAGAAAUUCAUCGUUAUAUGAUAUCCAGUUCAUGACAGCACCAUAAUUGGGUGUUAUCUCUUUCUCGCCUCAUACUAGUAGAUUAAGCGAAAAAAGGAGAACGGAAGUUUUUUUUGUGUGUCAGAAGCUUGAUCUUCGGAAGGGGUGGAGCGGAAACCUCAAUUACGACAACGAAACUCGGCUGAAUGUGAGCUUGCAGAAGAUUACUAUUUGGAUUGUGAUGAUUAUGGCGGUGAUGAUUGUGAUCUAGCUGCCAGUAAAUAUAGCAACAACCGUUUUUGAUGGAGUAAUGUGGACGAAGCUUCAUGAUCAUUUUGAGGCAGUGUGAUAAUUGUGUUAGUGGAGUUUUUAUUUGCUCUCGCUAGUAAUUGUUAAUUGGUUCGACGUGGAAAAAUAGCGAAAUAAGAAAAAACGGUGCAAUCUGAAUACAAUAAACGCAGAAGAGGGUGUUUGCUAGCUGAUAAGGCCCUGAUCGCGACUGGCGUUUGUGACGAAGAAGCUAGGUACAAAAAUGAAUGAGAUUGAGGCGUUGAGAGUCGAAGCGGAACAGCUUAAAAAUGCCAUUCGCGAUGCUCGCAAGGCAGCCUGCGACACGUCGAUCGUUCAAGCGACCAACCAGUUAGAAGCGGUUGGAAGAAUACAACUCCGAACUAGACGAACCCUUCGAGGACACUUGGCCAAAAUUUAUGCAAUGCACUGGGGCAGCGAUUCCCGGUAUCUGGUUUCUGCCUCACAAGACGGAAAGCUGAUAGUGUGGGACUCGCAUACUACCAACAAAGUUCAUGCCAUUCCGUUGCGAUCUUCCUGGGUAAUGACCUGUGCAUAUGCUCCAUCCGGGAAUUACGUUGCUUGCGGCGGUUUGGACAACAUAUGUUCCAUCUAUAAUCUUAAAACACGCGAAGGAAACGUUCGAAUUGCAAGAGAAUUGGGUGGUCAUACGGGGUAUUUGUCGUGUUGUCGAUUUCUCGACGACAAUCAGAUAGUAACCAGUUCCGGUGACAUGUCAUGUGCGUUGUGGGACAUAGAAACUGGACAACAGGCAACAUCUUUUCAAGGCCACUCCGGAGACGUCAUGGCCCUUUCACUGGCACCUCAAAACAAGACCUUUGUAUCGGGGGCAUGUGACGCGACAGCCAAACUUUGGGACAUUCGUGAGGGUCAGUGUAAACAAACAUUCCCAGGUCAUGAGAGCGAUAUCAAUGCGGUAGCAUUCUUCCCUAGUGGGCAAGCGUUUGCCACUGGAUCGGACGACGCCACAUGUCGGCUGUUCGACAUCCGUGCAGAUCAGGAAUUGGCCAUGUAUUCACACGAUAACAUCAUCUGCGGUAUCACGUCAGUGGCAUUUUCCAAAUCUGGCCGCCUGUUGCUGGCUGGCUAUGACGAUUUUAACUGUAACGUGUGGGAUACGAUGAAAGCGGAACGAGCAGGCAUCCUGGCAGGGCAUGAUAACCGCGUGUCCUGCUUAGGCGUUACAGAUAACGGCAUGGCUGUAGCUACCGGCUCAUGGGAUUCGUUUUUACGCGUUUGGAACUAGGCAAGCAUACGAGACAGGGAAUGAUGGCAGAUCGCAUACAACGAAAGCACAAACUCAUACAUCAAGCCAAGAAGCGAAAAGGGUGGAGAGUGAACACGCUAAAUAUUUAUACACCAUCUCGCCACACUACAAUCGGAACUACGAGAUCAUAUGGGCAGCUUAGGAUAGGACCGGAAGCAACUAGCGCAGACCAAAAGUUUUAACAGUUAACAGUGCCUUCAGAAAAAUGUUAUUGAUACACCAGAUUAUAUUCACCAUUGCAAAAUCACAAUUGUUUAGUAGUACAACAGUCACUUCCUCUUUUUUCGGUAAAGACAAACGGUUAAUAAGGUAAAUCAGCACAAGAACAUAAACGAUGCAGCAAAGAUAAAACUUAUAGUUUAUAUGUAGAUAUUUGAUUUUGCUAUUUACACGUUCAUCAUUCUAUUACAUUAUCGAAGUAGUACUAGGAACGCACAAAAUGAAGUUAUAAACAACUUUCAUUACUUGUUUAGAUAGUAUCUAUUUAACACAAUAGAUUAUACAGCAAGUCUUCAAACGUAUUUACAAUCAUUCUGUUGAUGAGGGGCAUGCAUUUUAGCUUGUAUCUGAAAAGUUACGGCCUAAUCGGCGAGAUCGGAGCAUUCAGUUUUAAUUUAUUUUUUGUUCUUAGGGAAGCAGAAUGGAAAACAAAGGUCGAUUUGCAAGUGUGUUAUGUUUUUUUUCGAGGGGAAAAUUUGUAAAAGAACAUGGAAAUAUAGUGGCGAAACGAAAAUAUUCAUUUAUAUUCUUUAGCAAAGAAUAGUAGUAUCCAGUUGUAGGCGUAAUGAAUAGAACUAAAGGAAGGAAACAAUUUUAAUUACUUGAUAAAUAUAAUUUCUUGGUCGGAAAAA